UGACCUAAGUGAAGCUCAGAUAUUUUAUCCUUCCUCUUGCAAUCAGAGAAUUCGAAACCCUAAUCCCAAUUCGCGAUCUGACAAGCUCUGCUCAGUUCUCAGAACCUGUGAAGUAUGGGAGACGCUAGAGACAACGAAGCCUACGAGGAGGAGCUUCUGGAUUACGAGGAAGAAGACGAGAAGGUCCCAGAUUCUGGAAAUAAAGUUAACGGCGAAGCCGUGAAGAAAGGUUACGUUGGAAUACACAGUUCUGGAUUCAGAGACUUCCUCUUAAAACCGGAGCUUCUCCGAGCUAUUGUUGACUCUGGAUUUGAACAUCCAUCUGAAGUUCAACAUGAAUGUAUCCCUCAAGCUAUCUUGGGCAUGGAUGUUAUUUGCCAAGCAAAAUCUGGUAUGGGAAAGACUGCUGUGUUUGUGUUGUCUACUCUGCAACAGAUUGAACCGUCUCCUGGACAGGUUUCUGCACUUAUCUUGUGCCAUACAAGAGAGCUGGCUUACCAGAUCUGCAAUGAGUUUGUGCGAUUCAGUACCUAUCUGCCUGAUACAAAGGUGUCAGUGUUCUAUGGUGGAGUCAACAUCAAAAUUCAUAAAGACUUGCUGAAGAAUGAAUGUCCUCACAUUGUUGUUGGUACACCUGGUAGGGUGCUUGCACUCGCCAGGGACAAAGAUCUCUCUUUGAAGAAUGUGAGGCAUUUUAUUCUUGACGAGUGUGAUAAAAUGCUCGAGUCACUUGACAUGCGAAGGGAUGUGCAAGAGAUUUUCAAGAUGACUCCUCAUGAUAAGCAAGUUAUGAUGUUCUCAGCUACACUCAGCAAAGAGAUACGCCCAGUCUGCAAGAAGUUUAUGCAAGAUCCAAUGGAAAUAUAUGUUGAUGAUGAAGCCAAGUUGACUCUUCAUGGACUUGUCCAGCACUACAUCAAACUGAACGAGAUGGAGAAGAACCGCAAGUUGAAUGACCUUCUUGAUGCGUUGGACUUCAAUCAAGUUGUCAUAUUUGUGAAGAGCGUGAGCAGAGCUGCGGAGCUGAACAAGUUGCUGGUAGAAUGCAAUUUCCCCUCAAUAUGCAUCCAUUCUGGCAUGUCGCAAGAAGAGAGGUUGACUCGCUACAAAAGCUUCAAGGAAGGACACAAGAGGAUCCUUGUGGCAACAGAUUUGGUGGGGAGAGGCAUUGACAUUGAGCGUGUCAAUAUUGUUAUCAACUAUGACAUGCCAGAUUCUGCUGAUACAUAUCUUCACAGGGUUGGGAGAGCUGGUAGAUUUGGAACAAAGGGUCUAGCGAUCACAUUUGUUGCAUCAGCUUCAGAUUCUGAUGUUCUUAAUCAGGUACAAGAGAGGUUUGAGGUUGAUAUCAAGGAGCUCCCUGAACAGAUUGAUACCUCCACAUACAUGCCUUCUUAAAGUAGGCUUGCUCUCUCAGGAGUACCUCUUCAUAUACGACAUUGUUUGUGUUCGAAGGGGUCACACAUGUAGUCUCUCGACUAUCCUUGCUCUGUUGCUGUUUUAGUCUUUUAUGAGGACAAUAAAAAAAUUUCUUGUGUGUUUAGACCGUUUGUACUCGAGAGAAAGAGAUCAUCAAGUUACUAGUGAUUAUUGACUUUAGAUUCAUUUUCAAUAUGGCUCUCAUCAAAAUUGCAGGAAAAUCCAUUUAAUAUA